ACUGCACGUGGUCGGGCGGAUUCUUAACCCGGCCAACCAGGAGGAGCGGAUUUUUGGGCCGGACACUGAGUGCACCGAUGUGUUCAAGGCUUCCAUUGCCCGCCACUAUGGGGGGGUGAUGAUUCCCCAGAGGGAUGGCCUGCCCAAGCGUGCCACACUCCUCCUGCAGGAAGGGUUGGCCACCUUUGUGAAGUUGAGGGGCAGCUUCGGCACGGCUGAGGCCAACAGUGACCGGAAGUUGGUGAGGGAGGGAAGUUGUGGGAGCGGCACGGCACUGACCACCCCUUGCUCAUGGCCCUUGCUUGCCGUGUGCUAACUCAGCCGGUGCCCGCAUCCCGUUGCGAGCGCAACUGGGCGGGGUGGGAUACUGUCCACACCGCCCGAUGCAACCGGCUGGGUUCAGAAAAGUGCGCACAACUGGAAGGUUGUGCACAACUGGCACAUGGCCGACGAGGGGGCGGGGGUGGUGUCCGGGAACAUCCCGGACGCCCCGUCCCUGCGGGGUACAGGGUGGAUCGGGAAGAGGAGGAUGAGGAGGGCGAAGAUGAGGAGCUGCUGGACGAGUACCUGUAGAGCAGAGCAGGAGAGGGUUAGGCAGGUGGUUUGGGGGAGGCUUACCUGAGAUGGGUGGUUGGCUGGUUGUUGGAGGAGUUUGGAACCCUUGACAUGCCCUUGGUGGCUUGAACUAUUUAUUUAUUACCAUGCUAAAUGACGCCACAUUUGGUGGGGGGAAUUUGGUGCUCUGCAACCCCCCUCUUCCCUCUCCAAACAGGUUUUUUUUACACCUGCCCGAGUUUUUUUUAGACCUGCCCGCCAGAGCGUAUUUCCUAGCAUA